AUGCCCCAAUCUGCCACUCGGGUCUCCGCCAUAUUCAGCUUUCCUAAUUUAGAAACAAGGCACAUGGUAGCCACCGAUACAACAAAAAAAGAUAUCAGUGAAGGGCCGCUUUCCAAGACUUCAUCCAGUUCUUCAUUUGUUCCGGUCAGUCCAAAUGUGGCCAGUAAUUCUGGGAUUCAAGACGCCAUACAAAUAAUUGACGAACAUAAACAAUUUAACCCUUCCAUUUUGAACUAUGUCGAAGCUACUGCUAGUAAUACAUCAAUUGGAAACAAUUAUCACAUUAUUUCUGUGUUUGGAUCUCAAUCCACUGGUAAGUCUACUUUGUUGAAUCGUUUAUUCCAUACUAAUUUCGAUGUCAUGGACGAGACCCAACGUAGGCAACAAACUACAAAAGGGAUUUGGAUGGCCCAUUCGCCUAGAGUGACCAUCACUGAUGGUGAACAUGAACGUCCCCAAUCAGAUAUCUUUGUCAUGGAUGUUGAAGGUACUGAUGGGAGAGAACACGGUGAAGACAAAGAUUUUGAACGGAAAGCAGCAUUAUUUGCCAUUGCCACUUCCGAAAUUUUAAUUAUUAAUAUUUGGGAAACUCAAGUUGGGUUAUAUCAGGGGGCCAAUUUAGGAUUAUUGAAAACUGUAUUUGAAGUUAAUUUGUCGUUGUUUGGGAAACUGAAGUUGGAUAAAAAGAAUGAUAAUGACCACAGGAUUUUAUUAUUGAUUGUGAUUCGUGAUUAUGCUGGAAUAACACCGGUAGAAAACUUGGCAGAUACCGUCACCGAAGAUUUGAAGAAGAUGUGGAACGAUUUGGCUAAACCUGCCGAUAUGACUGAAUUGAAAUUUUCCGAUUUCUUCGAUAUUGACUUCCAUACCUUGAAUCACAAGCUUUUUCAACCCGAACAAUUUUCUGCCGGUAUUGCCAGGCUAGGUGAUCGUCUUAUUGUCAAGGAUGACUUGUUUAAAGCCGAGUAUCAUCAUAACAUUCCAAUUGAUGGUUGGACCAUGUAUGCUGAAAACUGCUGGGAAAGAAUUGAAAAUAAUAAAGAUUUGGAUUUGCCUAUGGAGCAAAUCUUAGUUGCAAAAUUUAGAUGUGAUGAAAUUAUCAAGGAAGUUGUCGAUGAAUUCAAACUCAAGUUCAAUGAAUUAUUCGGUAACAAGGAAUUUACUGAUUUCGAAGAAUUGGGUAAGGUAAUGUCCGAUUUGUAUGAUGAUAGCGUAGAAAAUUUCGAUCAAUCUGCUUCAAGGUAUAAUAAAUCAGUAUAUGAAGAAAAGAAAUAUGAAUUGUGUGAAAAGUUACAUGUUUAUUAUAAACAAUUAUUUGAAAAACAAUCUCAAAAGUUAAUCAGUGACACCUUGAGUAAAUUCCAAAAAGAUUUAAUCAGCUUGAAAGGAAAGAAUUUUAAAUCCAAGAGUGAAGAAUUAUCUAAAGAUGUUUGUGAAUUAGUUGCCACUAGCCUUGGUUAUAUUUCGUUGAAUGGGGAUAUUCCUGUGAAUGAAUCAAUUUCUUCAUUUGAUGCUGAAGUUGACAAUAUUGUUUCCAAACAACGAGCCACGGAAUUAAACUCCAUUGUUAACAAAUCAGUAAAGAAAUUAUCUAGUGGUAUUUCCAAAGCUGUUCAACAAGAGCUUGCUAAUGCAGACGAUGAAACUUGGGACAGAAUUCUUGCUGCAUUCAAGAAACUUUCAGUACUUCCCGAGUUUGACCUUGGCACUACUGAUGAGCAAAAUAAGACUGCUCAAGAAACUUUCAAAUUCAAAUCAUGGUCUCAAUUUCAUGACACUCUCUCGAAGUUGAUUUCCAAGGAUAAGUUGUUAAUUAUUUUACAAGAUAGAUUUGAUGAUAAGUUUAGAUAUGAUUCCAAUGGUAUUCCUAAACUUUAUUUUAAUGAGCGUGAUUUGGAAGACUCUUUCCAAGUUGCAAAGAUGCAUGCAGUUUCAAUUGUGCCUAUUUUAAGUCUUGCCAAAUUAAGUAAUGAUAGUGAGAUCUUACCCGAAGUUGAUAUUUUCGAUUAUGAUUUGCGAGAAAAAUAUCUUGGAGAAUCAGCCCAUGACGAUGAUGACGAUGAUGAAGAAGAUGAAGAGCACACAUGUUUUGCAGAAAUUAUGAGUGAAGGUGAAAAAGCCGAGCUUUUAGCUAAAUUUAAGAAGGAGAUCGAUGCUAAAUUUGUUGAAAACAAACGAGCAAUUGUCCAGCUGGUUACUCAAAUCCCCUACUAUAUCUACAUAAUAAUUUUAGUUUUGGGAUGGAAUGAGUUCUUGGCAGUGAUUAGAAACCCAUUAUUCUUUGCCUUGUGUCUUGUUUUUGGAAGUGCGUUAUAUGCAAUGUAUACUAUGAACUUGUUGAAACCAGCCAUGAUUGUUGCCCAAAGAAUGACUGAUGAAGUAAUUGUCCUUGCCAAGGAAAAAUUAAGACAGGUAUUAAUUGACGAACCUCCACUACCUAGUCGGGUUGCCACCAAAGAGGAAAUAACUGAAGAGAUUGAAUUGGAUGAUUUGAGUAAAGAAUAAUCGUAUGUUAAGUAGAACUAAUAUUGGAUUCUUUUUUUUUA